AACAGAAGUAGGCAGAAGUCCAGGAGGGAACCUUUUAUAAUUGAAUAGGAUUGCAGUCAACAUCAAUUAUUAUUGUUAUCUAAUCACCUUUGAAAAACCUCUGGAAUUUUGUUCACUGUUCUAGAGUGGAAGGAUGCGACUGGCAGGCGUGCUGCGGGGCCUGGCCUUGGUCUUCACUUUAAUCACAACCUGGCUCUUUGCCACCACCUAUUUCCGCCACGGAAGCAUGAAAUCCGUCAACCUGAGAAGCUGGUUGGGGUCCAGCGAUGUGCCAACUAAAGCUGCAAAAGCCCGAUAUAAAUGCGGCAAUCAAAAAAGUUGCCCUGAAAAUUCCCUGACUUUCAAGAUCGUCAGCGGUGCAGCCAAUGUCGUCGGACCUUCUAUGUGCCUUGAAAAUACUGUAUUUAUGAGCAGCGUUAAAAAUAAUGUCGGCCGGGGUUUAAACAUUGCUGUUGUCAACGGAACUAACGGCCACCUCAUCAAGAUGGCUGCCUUUGAUAUGUAUUCUGGAGACGUUAAACAUUUAGUGAUGUUCCUAGAGGAUGUCCAAAAAGGUUCCCUCGUGCUGAUCGCCUCUUACGAUGACCCAGCCUCCAAGCUGAAUGAUCAAGCACGGGCGUUGUUGGCUGACCUUGGAAGUAGCUACGCUGCCAAGCUUGGAUUUCGGGACAACUGGGUAUUCCUAGGCGGGAAAGGACUCAAAGGCAGAACCCCAUUUGAACAGGUCCCUUUGCCAAAACCGCAUCAGGGUGAGGAGCAAGUGGCGGGAGAGGGGGGCAGAGAGAGGAAGAUGGCAAAAAUCCCCUCGUCGAGAAGAAACGCCGCGGGCACCCCUGGGUCCCAGCUGUGCCGAGCAGGUUGA